GCGAGGAUUAUUCGAAAACAUUUCGCUCGCGGUUACCCGUGUCCGUUACUGGGUCAUUAGUUCAAAAAAAUUGAGACGAAAUGUCAAACCAGGAAUUCAUUAUGUUCGAUACCCAAAAGGCCACGAUUGCUGUGUGCCGUUGACGUUCGCGAGCCUCACGACACCCAUGACGCACAUGGGCGGCUCGUUCGGCGAAUUCACAGCACACGAUUGCCGGCAGUUGGGCUUCAUUAAAGCACAGCUUUUGUGCUCGUCGUGCGCAAAGCUACCAGACUUCGGCCUAGAGGACAUAAAAGAUCAUUGCCUUGAAUGUUGCCAAGAAGAUUCUUUGCCGGUCGAGGUGAAAAAGUAUCCGAAGGCGGUCUUAGAGGUGUGCACUUGCAAGUUCGGAGCUUAUCCUCAAAUUCAAGCAUUUAUUAAAUCCGACCGUCCUUCGAAAUUCCCGAACUUACAAAUUAAAUAUGUUAGAGGUCUUGAUCCUACAGUUAAACUUCUAGAUAAAAGUGGAAACGUAAAAGAAACACUUUCUAUCACAAAAUGGAAUACGGACACGGUGCAAGAGUUCUUCGAAACACAUUUGGAAAAUACGAAAUCAGAAGACGAUUUUCUAAGAACAAAUGAAAUCUAACAAUUAUUCAAUUGUAACAAGUAAUAAAUCUAGUUCUACCAAA